AUGAAACUUCACAAUACGGGCCUCGUUCUUUCCGCAGGUCUUCUCCUCAUCUCUCCAGCAGUGUCAGCGUCAACUGCAUCCCUAUCUCCCGAUUCACCUUUCUCGCCUCUCAAUGCUGUAUCUCCUCCUCGCACGAAUGCCGAGUUCAGCGGCGCCGGCAUCUUGAAAAUACUCCAACACAUUGCCAAAGAUCCACACUUCAAUUCAACACUCAAAGAUGUGACCGUCACAUGUGCACUGGGUCAUUGGGAACUGUUCUCCACUUGUCAGCUUGAAGAGCAUAUUGAACAACUGACACUAACUUGA